AUGUUGGGUCGCAUAGAGUGGGUGUGGCUGCACUGGAGUGAGUACCUGGAGGCCUACAAAGAGUUUGAGCUGUGGUUGACAAAGCAGCAACGAAGCCAUGAUGUCGAGCUAGAAGCGCAGCUGGGAGCGAAAGAGAAGCUUUGGCAGGUCGAUCAGCAGAGGGUGGUGGUGAGUGAUAUCAAAGGCCAGGCGGUGCUACUGGAGAGGCUGCUGGAUGAGGCAGCUGCACUGCACAACAGAACCCAGGACCCCAGUGUGGAUCCUCAGGCCCAGGAGAGACUGCAGGAAGCGUACAAUCAUGUCAGGGACAGAGCUGAGGAACGUCUUUCACUGCUUCAGAAGAUCUGCGAGGAACACCAGACAUACCAAGGUUGUGUUCAGAGGUUCCAGUCCUGGCUGCUGUCAAAAACCAAGGAACUGACUGAAGUGAUGGGGAGGAAUGACAUAGCUGAGGAAAAGCUCAAAGCAUUAAAAGCUCUGGAUGACAGUGUGGCCUGUGAGGAGAAGGCCCUGCUGGAUAUUGAAGGCAUGGUGGAAAGCCUCAGGCCCAACACCUCUCCUGCGGGAGUGGAAGAAGUGGUUGAAGAGGCAGAGGAACUGAGGCUGGGCUGGCAGCGACUGAGGGAGGGUCUUUGCAAGGCAGAUGAAGGCCUCCGCUCCAGCCUGGAUACUCACAGUCAGUACAUGACCCGGUGCCAGCGGCUGGGAGACGAUAUCGGCCGCCUCAGAGAGCUGUUCAAAGGGCUGGACCAGGAACUGGAGGAGACCCAGGACUGCAGGGAUCGCAUUGACCACACUGAAGAGCAAAUGGUUGGCCAGUGGACAAAAUACACGGUAGGGUUAUUAACCAUAUCAGCAGUGUUAUAUGUGAAAUGUCGAGCAACUAGACUGUGUUCAGAGUCCGAGUUGGGACUGAGAAACAUCCUCCAAGACCCGCUACUGGUCUACGACCAAUGGAAAGACACGGUUUCUCAGGUGUUGGAAACUUCUGCUGAGGUCACAGACUUCUCCCAUGUUGCCAUGUUAGUCCAGAAGAUUGAGUGUCUCCUGAAGGAAAGUGUCCAGCUGCAGGAGCGCUUCAGUCUACUGGAAGUGAAAGGGGACCUGCUAGACUCUGUGUUUGGUCCUGAGAGGUCUGAUGGACUGCAGAGCGAACUGAGCACUGCCAUGAGGAACAGAGAACUGUUGCAUGUUCAGCUGCAGCAGAGGAAGAGCAGGCUACAGGUCAUCCUAAAGGAUGUAGAAGACUAUGAAGCCCAGGUCAUGGCACUUGAGACUCUGGUCUCCUCCAGUCAGACCAACAGGAUUCAGUUUGAGAAACUCUGUGAUGAAUGGAAACAUCUGCACAUUGCAGUCAAGGCAAAGGUAGAUGAGAGUGACAAAACUGUUGCAGAACAUGAGAGGUUCCAUGACAGCCUUCUAAACAUCGAGAAGUGGCUGAUGAUCAUGAAGCAGAAGCUGAUGUCCUUCCACAGCCCAACAGGAGAGUGGAGCAUAGAGGGGCGCCGGCAUGAAGCUGAGAGAGCACUGGGAGAGUUCCCAGAGAAGGAGCUCCAGCUGCAGCAGGUGGAUAUUCAGGGUCAGGGAGUUUUAAAGAAGACUUCUGAGGAGGGGCAGGUCCAUAUUCUUGGAGACAUGAAGCGCCUAAAAGACUCUUGGUUGGCCCUGUACGAAAUGAGUCUGAAUCUGCACAGGUUGUUGAACAGUUCCAAAGAGCAGAGAGAGUCUGACUUUGCCAAGACGUCUGGCUCUAUGCAUGCACUUGGAGGAAAGUCGGAGGCAAUGAUAGGGCGGGUGGAGGCAUUAAUGACUGGCCAGGAAGGGUGGAACCAGGGCCAACGAGGUUACCACAUAUUGGCUGAACCAGAUGUUGAAAAUCCUAUUUCAUCAAGUAAAGUCAAGGGAAGUGCACUGACCUUCAAAACAGAUGAAGUAGAUUUCUCUGGCCACGAGCAGGGAGUCUCCAAUGACAAGCCAAUAGGAGGUAACAGCAGUGUCUUGGCAGAAGACGGAGAGGAAGCAGUAUUAUUUACACAGGCCAGCUAUCCUCAGCCGCCAAUGAUUAGCUCUGGAGAUGACAGCACAGAAGCAGGGGGAUGCCUCAUCUCAGGAGGAGGAGUGGGAGAGAUCAGAAGACCCUCAGCCAAGAAAGCAUCAGCAACACCAGUUCAAUACUCAAUGGGGAGCCAAGGACACCAUGAAUCCAGGAGGAAGGAGUUUGAUUCUUGGCUGUUCAAACAGAAUGAACUCCUCUCUCAGAUUCUCAGCUCCAAAGGAGCAGCACACAGCGCCAAAGAUGUCAGACUCAAGCAGGAUACACUCAAGUCUCUGAGAGCUGACCUGUCCUGGGGUCAGAAGCAGUUUCAGCUGUUGAUCCAGGAUAGCCAGAGCAGUGAGGCUGGUACUGGACCAAAAGAAGAGGCCGGCCUGGAGGACCUCCGCUACCGCUGGAUGCUUUACAAGUCUAAGCUCAAGGAUGUCAGAGAUGUGAGGAACAGGAUCAGUUCCAAGAGAGUCUCAGCCACACAAGCGGAUGCAGCCAUUGCAGCACCAGCUCGAAAGCAGAAACCUGGACUGCUGCAGCGGGUUUGUCGGUUGGCUCUUCCUCUGUGGCUCCUCUUCCUCGCUCUGCUGCUCCUGGCCUUCUUGCUGCCCCUCAUGGAUGAAGGCAAUAGCUGCUCUCUCUCUAACAACUUUGCCCGAUCCUUCAACAUCAUGCUCCGCUACGAAGGACCUCCACCCACAUAGGAGAUUUCCUGACAACAGAAAACUCUAUGAUGGGCUGUGGAUUAUGUAGGAAAUGUUGACUUGAUUACCUAAGACCCGGCAUUCCCCUGUGAUUGAAGAUCAUAUGUAACUGUACUAGAACCACAGAGCUGGUCUACCCAAACUUCAGAUCAGUCUAAAGUCUGCAGUGCAUAUCUCUCUGUGACAGAUCUAGUCUAAAAGAAUAGUGCAACCUAGAGCAUCGUGUGUAUGCAAACAACAUUUUGCAUUCUGCACUGCAUGGUUAAAUGUCUUCUAAGGUUUUUUCACUAUAUGAAACCAUGAUCUCUUAACCAUGUGUAAAACUGCCCAUCACCAUUAGAAGUAUUAAUUGGCACAUCAGUCAUUCUUAAUCUUAUCAUUUACAGAUGUGAAGUGUCUAUGAAGACAGGAGAAAGCUUAACAUCUAUAAAAUACAAGCCCUGACAUGCUUUUGAGUUUGAGCUUGGGACUUUUAGAUUCGUUCGAUUCUUUUAUUUAUUUAUUUUCAUUUAGUAUCAUUUUUACCAGACUCACAUAAAUCUAAUUUUCUUACUUUGAAAAUUUGAGGAGACGUGGAUCAGUGCUUGUUUGAUUGGAGACUGAUUAUCAGCUGACUGGAAUUGUUUUAGUUUGACCAUUUAAAUCCACCAAAGAGAGAUUUAGAAAUUAAAACAUGAUAAGCCAAAGUCACAGUUCAUACAUAGAAUUGUUGAACAAGAAGGCUGAAACCAAAGACUAUAGCAGCAAUGCUAGACACGGUACUUUGGCAUUUAUACAUUUUAAAUGACAAAUAUCUUACCAUAUUUCCUCAAAUAAACCCUUGUCGCAAUUUAAAAGCUUUAUUUCUGAUGGUUGCCAAAGGUUGAGUCAACAGGAAUAUUAAAGGCUCAAAGUAGAGCCAUUAUAGUUAACAAAAAAAAAGCCCUGUAAACAAAUUCGAGGUUUGUCCACUGAAGCUCCAGGACUUUUAUCGUCACUUAGAACAUUUUUAUUAUAUUUGCAGACAGUCUGGGUUUUAUUUUUCCGUUUCA